CUCAGUCCGCAGUGCGCGGUCAGGGCGUAACGAAGAAACGAAGCCGGAGAAGAGGGCUUUUACUUCGAGGAGCAUAAUCUUAUCCUUUCAGCGUAUACUCUCCAAGAGCAUGGAUCGGUACCAGAAGGUGGAGAAACCAAAGGUGGAAACUCCAAUUGAUGAGAAUGAGAUACGUAUUACAAGCCAGGGAAGGAUGCGGAGUUAUAUCACUUAUGCUAUGACUCUGCUUCAGGAAAAGGGUUCAGAUGAAGUUGUGUUCAAGGCAAUGGGGAGAGCUAUCAAUAAAUCCGUUACAAUUGUGGAGUUAAUUAAGAGGAGAAUUGUUGGUCUUCACCAAAUUACAUCGAUCCAAUCCACCGACAUAACUGACACAUGGGAACCCUUAGAGGAAGGCCUCCAGACGCUGGAAACCACUAGAAAAGUAUCAAUGAUUACAAUUAAGCUCUCCAAAAAGGUGUUGGACACCACAAAUCUAGGGUACCAACUACCCAUACCAGCUGAUCAGGUGAAGGUGUUGACAGAGCUUGAGUAUGAAGGAGAUGGAUCUCUGGCUACUCAAAGAAGAGGUCGAGGUGGCAGAGGACGGGGGAGGUCAAGAGCCACAUCUGGGAAUGGUUUUGCACCUGCUGAAUAUGAGGAUGGAGGUUAUGGGUGGAAUCGCGGGUACCCCAGGGGUAGGGGACGAGGCAGAGGACGCUAUUUCCGUGGUAAUGGGAGGGGAGGGUACAACGGUCCACAGGCGGAUGCUCAGCGUGACAAUGAAGGCUUCAAUCAAGAACCACCAGUUCGAGGACGAGGCCGUGGGAGGGGAAUUCGUGGCAGGGGUCGUGGAUUCACGUCUAAUGGGCCGAUCCAUGCUACAGCUGGAGUUGCUUAAAUGUUCAAACUUGGAGCAAUGAAGACAUAAUCUUCUCUGAGCUUCGAUAAAUGUCUGCUCCAUUUCUACCUGUUUCGCAUUUGUUACUAAUUAGGAUGUUUUAUCUAUGUAAUCACCUUAGACUAACCUCUAAGUUCCUGGCCACACAUAGGAGUGGUUGAGCCGUUUUGUUUUCUAUUUUUAAUCUUUUUGCUUUCAUAGUUGGAUCUUAAUUAACAAGGUGUAAUUUGAUUAGCAAGGACAUUCUUUAAUUCGUGUCUGUAACAGUUUGUUGUUGGCUGAUAUUUUAUUAGUGAACCUCCUAUUGUCAGUAAUAGAAUUUAUUCAAGUUCAUGUU